GGCUGUCCGUCCGUCCGUCCGUCCGUCCGGCCUUGUGCUGUCCGUAAGGCACCAUGAACGCCAUCGUCGCUCUCUGUCAUUUCUGUGAGCUCCAUGGCCCCCGCACUCUCUUUUGCACUGAGGUUCUGCACGCACCUCUUCCGAGAGGGGCGGAGGACAGCCCCGGCCAGGGUGAACAGGCUGAGGAGGAGGAAGGCGGCAUUCAGAUGAGCAGUGGGAUCUGCACACACAGCCCAGCAGAGGGGGCCAGCGCAGAGUCCAGCAGCCCAGGACCCAAGAAGUCAGAUAUGUGCGAGGGCUGCCGGUCACUUGCUGCGGGGCAUCCCGGGUACAUCAGCCAUGAUAAAGAGACUUCGAUUAAAUAUGUCAGCCACCAGCACCCCAGCCACCCCCAGCUCUUCAGCAUAGUCCGCCAGGCAUGCGUGCGGAGCCUGAGCUGCGAGGUCUGCCCGGGCCGCGAAGGCCCCAUCUUCUUCGGGGACGAGCAGCAUGGCUUUGUGCUCAGCCACACCUUCUUCAUCAAAGACAGCCUGGCCAGGGGCUUCCAGCGCUGGUACAGUGUCAUCGCCAUCAUGAUGGACCGGAUCUACCUCAUCAACUCCUGGCCCUUCCUGCUGGGAAAGAUCCGGGGGAUCAUCGAUGAGCUGCAGGGCAAGGCGCUCAAGGUGUUUGAGGCGGAGCAGUUCGGGUGCCCGCAGCGGGCGCAGAGGAUGAACACGGCCUUCACUCCGUUCCUGCACCAGAGGAACGGCAACGCCGCCCGCUCGCUGACGUCCCUGACGAGCGACGACAACCUGUGGGCAUGCCUGCACACCUCCUUCGCGUGGCUCCUGAAGGCAUGUGGCAGCCGGCUGACCGAGAAGCUCCUGGAGGGCGCGCCCACCGAGGACACGCUGGUGCAGAUGGAGAAGCUCGCGGAUUUAGAAGAGGAAUCAGAAAGUUGGGACAACUCUGAGGCUGAAGAGGAAAAAGCCCCUGUCUUGCCAGUGGGUGCAGAAGGGCGGGAGCUGACCAAAUGCCUGACAGGCUCUUCCUUGCUCUCCGACUGCGAGAACUGGCAGCCCCGAAAGCUGUCUGUCUUCAAGUCCCUCCGGCACAUGAGACAGGUCCUGGGCGCCCCAUCCUUCCGCACGCUGGCCUGGCACGUUCUCAUGGGGAACCAGGUGGUCUGGAGGAGCAGAGACGCAGACCUCGUCCUGUCCGCUUUUGAGGUUCUCCGGACCAUGCUGCCCGUGGGCUGUGUCCGCAUCAUCCCUUACAGCAGCCAGUAUGAGGAGGCCUACCGCUGCAACUUCCUGGGGCUCAGCCCGCAAGUGCAGAUCCCCCCCCAUGUGCUCGCCUCCGAGUUUGCGGUCAUCGUGGAGGCCCGUCCCGCCUCUCCCUCCCGCCCCCACCCUGCCGGCUGGGAGGGCGACCAGCCUCUCAGCAAGUACGAGUUUGUGGUGACCAGUGGCAGCCCCGUCGCUGCGGACCGAGUGGGCCCCACCAUUCUGAACAAGAUGGAAGCCGCUCUGACCAACCAGAACCUGUCUGUGGACGUGGUCGACCAGUGUCUCAUCUGCCUCAAAGAGGAGUGGAUGAACAAAGUGAAGGUCCUUUUUAAAUUCACCAAGGUGGACAGUCGACCUAAAGAGGACACACAGAAGCUCCUAAGCAUCCUCGGAGCAUCAGAGGAGGACAACGUGAAGCUGCUCAAGUUCUGGAUGACUGGCCUGAGCAAAACCUACAAGUCACACCUCAUGUCCACAGUCCGGAGCCCCACAGCCACAGAGCCCCGUAAUUGACUCCACGUUAAGGUCUCUGUGACGCCUUCUGGGAAGUGUAGUGAUGGCCAUCCUGCCAUGGAGCUCAGGGGCGGGUCCUGCAGUCGCAGGUGGUUCUCAUUCCGACCUGCGGGCACAGAGCUGUUUCCAAGCAAGGACCGGAAGCUUGGGGCUGAGCUCCACGGCCGUGGGGUUUGGGCCUGGCGUAGUUCUUGGGACCAUCCCACAAGCUGCUUCAGGUGCUGCAGCCUGUAGAGGACAGUCCCCUGCCUUGCACACCUGUUAGAAAAGACUAAGGAGAUGUGUGUUUCAUUCCUCUCAUGGACUCAGCUCUCAGAGUUUAUAGGGAAGACACGCAGGCCAAUUUGGACUUGGAUGUUUUAGUCAUGAUAUACCUUCUCUUGAGGUUAACAUUCAAAACUUUCUAUUCUGAAAUUCAGCAAGAAUUUUCCUGGUUUUAUAUGCACGCAUGUAUAUAUUGCUACAGUGGUGAAUUUUCAAGACAGGUGCUGACCUUGAGUCAUUUUCAGUAGCCUGGUUUUGUUGUAGGGCCCUGGGAGAGGUGUUCAGGGUAAAGAGGAUACGUUCCUCAUUGCUGGAUCCUCGGGAAUUUGUUCUGCAGUCAUGUGACUGCCCGUCUUCUGGCCACGCCUUUCUGAGGUUGCUUUGAAGUCACCCUGUGGCUGAGGGCGAGCACCUGAUCUUCCUUACGCAGUGAUGCUUCGCUGAGGUGUUCAGUGGAGCCAUCUGACUUCCUGGCUCACUGUACGCAGUUUAGACACCACCAUACUUGUAUUCCACGUCACUUCGUUCUUUUUUGUUGUUGCUAAUCCUCACCUGAGGAUAUUUUCUCUUUGCU